AUGCCACUUAAGUCUCGACCUCUCGGCAGUAGCAGCGAGUAUCAUCCUGAACUGUCACAGCAGAACGGUUCGGUUACAGAGCGUGUCUCUACCGGUAAUUGCACGCGAUCCCAGUCUAGGGCCGAUCAUGCGCUUUCUGAGACAUCUACGAUCGACUACAGCGACACUUCCGACCAUUGGUUGAAAUCUGAGACGGAUCACGAAAGCAUAUCCCAGGCCGAUUACGAUGACGCGUUUACAGGCCGCGGCGAUGUGGAUUUUGAUGACGAGGGUUAUUUUGACCUGGACACCGCGUCCACAACUUCGGUGGACACCGUAGCCGAGAAUUUUCAGCAGUUGUUUGGCCGACAAUAUCACAACGAGGGUAUAGGCUAUCAUUGGGAACCGAAUGACGAGACACGGCAAGAGAUGUGGGAUGGGUUAGAUUUUGCCGAUGAACACCCUGAUGCUGAUGUUAUAGGCAUUGACAUCUCACCCAUCAUACCCAACUGGGUCCCUCCCAACCUCAAGUUCCAAAUCGACGAUUGCGGCCGAGAAUGGACCUUCAAAGAAUCCUCGUUCGACUACAUACAUGCUCGGGACCUGAAUGGGAGUGUCAACUGGCGUGAGUUCACCAAAGAAGUUUUCAGGGCCCUUGCCCCAGGGGGCGUUGCAGAGUUUCACGAAGGGCCCAUCGAAUUCAGGAGCAGAAAGGUGAUCUUGGCAAAGGAAAGUUAUAUGAAUCAGUGGGGGGAAUUUUUUCGAGCCGUGAGGGAAAAGCGAAGGCCAUUCUUGGUCGCGAACAACGAAACACUGCAACAGGAGAUGGCAGCUGCUGGGUUCAAGGACAUAACAGCAUAUGAGUACGAGAUACCAAUUGGUCCGUGGCCUGAAUCGGAAGAAGGCAAAACAUUAGGCAAAUUUGCCCUGGCGAUCUUGACCUUGGACAUCGUGGGGUCAAUCCUUCGUCUAGCGAUUGAAGAUCUUGGAUGGAGCGAGAAAGAGACUCAUGUCUUUGCUGCCAGAGUGCGGAACGAGAUACUUUCAUGCUCGAAAGAAUACCAGAUUUAUACACCACGAAAGGUGGUAAUUGGUAAAAAGCCUGAAUGA